GCUUGCAAAGCUGGUGGCAGAACCACUGAGCUAAAUCCCUGGACCCCCCAAAAAAGAAUUUUAGAUUCACAGUAAAACCAAGAGAGAAGUACAGAGAUUGCCCAUAUGCCCUCUGUCCCCAUAUAUGCAUGGCUUCCCUCAUUAACAUUCCCAACCAAAGUGAUACAUUCAUUAAAACAAAUGGAUUUCCCUCAUCAAUUAUCUAUCACCCAAAGUACAGUUAUCCAAAUUCCACUAUGUGUUUUCAUAGUUUAAUAAUUCAUUUCUUUUUAGUGCUUAGUAAUAUCCCAUUGUCAAUGUGUACCAUAGUUUAUUUAUCCAUUCAUCUGCUGAUGGGCAUCUCAGUUGCCUCCACAUUUGGGUAAUUAUAAAUGAACCUUUCAUAAAUGUACUCAAUGCAGGUUUUUAUAUGGACAUAAAUUUUCAUCCUUUUAGGUAAAUACUAAGGAGUACAAUUACCAGAUCUUAUGGUAAAGCAAUUACCUUAUGUUUAGUUUUAUACAAAACUGCCAAAUUAGCUGGGUGUGGUACACACCUAUAAUCCUAGCACUCUCAGAGGCUGAGGUAGGAGGAUCACAAAACUCUGUCUCAAAAAAUGAAAAGGGUUGGGGAUGUAGGUCAGGGCAAAGGCCAUUCCUUUUUUAGUACCAAAAAAACAAAACAAACAACAAACCAAAAACCCCUGCCAGUUGUCUCGCAAAGUGGCCGUGCUGUUUUGCAUUCCUACCACCAAUGAAAGGGAGUUCCUGUUGCCCCAAAUCCUUACCAGCCUUUGGUAUCAUCAGUGUUCUGGAUCUUGUCCAUUCUAAUAAGUAUAUAAUAGUCAUUUUUUAAAGAGUAGAAGAGAACACAAAGAUUGGUUCUGAUUAUAUUGCAAUACAGAAAUUCCAUUCUGGCUGGGCAUAGUGGUGCAUGCCUGUAAUCGCAGUACCUGGGAGGCUGAGACUGGAGGAUCACCAUAAACUACAUAGUGUGUUCAAGGCCAGCCCAGACUACACGGUGAGACCCUGUCUCAGGGAAAAAAAAAAGAAAACAGAAAUUCCAUUUUAAACAACUGACUCACUGUUUAUGUGUCUGGGUUUACUACCUUAAGGAAACCACCACAGUAAGUGUCCAAUCCCAAAAUCUCUUAAAACAAUAGUGGAGUUCAGUCCUUUAGGAAAACCCCUUUGUUUUUUUUGUUUUUUGUUUGGUAUCAUACCAGUGCAUACCAUAUAACAUUAUCUUAUUUCAUUCUCAUAGUUUUCCUAUAAAAUACUUUGUAUUAUCACUAUUCAUAAUUCCUCUAAUGCCUAAUUGUAUUUUUUCUCAUCUUUCUAUUUUUUAUAUCUGCCACCCCUUCUGUCACUGGAUGGGAUCAAAAGAGACCUGCACAAAGAGGACAUAGGGACCUUGAUUUACCCCAGCUAGUUCUUUUUUCUUUUCUUUUUGUUUUUUGUUUUUUGAGAUAGGGUCCCAUAUGUAAUUCAGGCUGCCCUUGAACUCAUUAUAUAGCCCAGGCUGACCUUGAACUCCAGCCUCCUGAAUGCUGGGUUUACAGGCAUGUACCACCAUGCUCAGCUUCAGGGCAAAGUUCUUGACUCAUCAUCACAGAAAAGCGUUUCAGAAUGUGUCAGUGAGAAGCAUCUAGAUAUUAGGCAAAAAUCAAAAAGUAUGCAAUCAGGGCUGGGGGUGUAGCUCAGUGGCACCACCCCUGCCUCACAAGCGUAAGGUCCUGAGUUCUAUCCUAGGUACAAAAAAAAAAAAUGUGCAUUCAGCUGAGUAUGGUGUUUGAUGCCUAAAAUCUCAGCAAUCUAGGAUUGUUAGGAUCACAAGUUCAAGCCCAGCCUGGGCAAUUUAGCAAUACUUUGUCCCAAAAUAAAAAAUAAAAAGGAGUGGGGAGUGGUGGCACAUGCCUCUAAUCCCAGCACUUGGGAGGCUGAGGCAGGACGAUUGCCAUGAGUUCCAAGGCCAGCUUGGGCUAUAUAGUGAGUUGAGGACCAGCCUGAACUACAAAAUGAGACCCUGUCUCAAAAAACCAAAAAUAUAAAAUAAAAUAAUGCAAAGGAAUGAGGAUGUAGCUCAGUGGGAAGGCCCUGGGCUCUAGCCCCAGCACUCAACAAAGAGUGCAGGUCCUCAAGGGAUGGCGUGCAGUAAGGCUAGGAUGGGGGUAUUUAUGUUGUCCAGGGUAUCCUCAGGACAAGUGAUCUGGGAUGUUUAUCUUUUGAGUUACUUAUCAUUCACCUACUGUCUGUGUCCUUACCGUCAGGCUGUUCUUUAGAGGGCUAAAGCAAAAACUGGCUUUAUCAGCCAGGAUGGUGGUGCAUGCCUGUAAUCCCACACUUGAGAGGCUGAGGCAGGAGGAUCGCUGUGCGUUCGAGGCCAACCUGGGCUGCACAGUGAGUUCAAGACUAGCCUGGACUACAAAGCAAGAUCCUGUCUCAAAAAACAAAACAAAACAAAACAAAACUGGCUUUCUCAACCAGGUUAAAUCCAAACCAUUUGUAUGUGUUUGAAGUUUGGAGAUGUGGUACCCAAUUAAUAGUACUAUUUCUUUGAGAGUAGAAGUCUUUGGAAUUUAUAUAUCAGAAGAAAAAUACAAGCCAUAUUUAUGUACUUGUUAUAUUUUUAAGACCCUUAGAGAUUUAGGAGUAAAGAGCCUGGAAGAAAAACAGUCCUACAGAUUAAAAAAAAGCAUUGUAACCUUGAGUAAGUUUGAUUGUGUUUCAAAGCUGUAGUUAUCUUAAAAUAACAACUUCAAAAUUACAAUCUCCUUGUCUCCUUUUAACCUAUCUUUAUUUUCUUUGUGCUACCCCACUUCCAUCUCAAAUGGUCCUAUUUCUCCCGUCUUGGUUAAUGGAUCCCAAUUUAUCCUUCAGCCCUCAUUCAGCUGUGUUACUAUCCUACAGAAGCUUUCACAAUCCCUGUAAGUAUUUUUCCCUAUUAUACUCUCAUGCUACAUGUAUCUCAAAAGCAUAAGAAAUUACUGAAUUUGUGAUUUAUCAAUUAAUAGCUGUCAUUUCUGCUGAAAUAUAAGUACCACAAACAUCAUUUUUCUGCCUUAGUUCCUUGCACCAUAGGUGCUCAGUCAUUGUAUAAGAUUGUGGCAAAUAUGUACCAUAGUAAAAAGUUGAAUGCAAUGAAUUACAUUUAAUUCAUUCAAAUAUAUUAUAUUUAAGUUGAAUUACAAUAAAUAUAUUGUAACUUCAAAACUUUCCUUUUAAAUUACACCAUACACAGAACCUAAUAGGAAGUUGUGGGGUUUUUUUGGUACUGGGAAGAUUAAACUCGGGUCCUUGUGCUUGCAGGGCAGGUGGCGGAACCAUUGAGCUAAAUCCCCGGCCUAGGAAGUAUUUCUUAAUGAAAUUACCCCCAGAGACUCUUCCUCAACUUGAUUUCAGUUCUAAAUUGGCUAUGCAAGAAUACAAGUUAUUCAUUAGCAAUGUGUAUUGGCUAGGGUGUGGUUCUGAGAUAAGGAACUGAAAGUUUUCAAAAGUCUCCUUAGUUCUGUGUCAGUAAGCUCUUAAGAGAAGUUCCACUUUUCUGAACAAGUAUUUUUGAGGAAAGCUGGUAGAAAAAAUCCAAGGACUACGUGUCUAAUUAGGAAAGUUUGCAAGAGGUAGACACAUGUGCUAGUUUACCAGUGUUUCUAUCUUGCUACUGAGCUAAAACUGCUUGUUUUGUGGAAGAGCAAAACUCAGCAGCAAACAUCUAAAAUGAACAGUCCUUGAACUUUUGAGGAGCAAACAGAAUGCAUCAUCAACACUUUAAUCACAGACUUAUUGAGUCCAACUGUAGGGGUUGCUAGUCAGAACCUAUGCAGUGUAGAUGAACCAGACUCAGGAGAGGCUUCCUCUUUUGAUGAAGCUGUCAUUGUUGGAUGACUUCGGAUGAUAGGUGACCAGUUCAACGGAGAAAUAGAGGCUUCUCCCAGAAAUGUCAUUGCAGAAACUACUCGGGGACAAGCAGGAGCUGUACUCCAGCACACAGUGCAGUCUCUCAGUAAGGCCUGGUGUGCUCUGGAUUCCAGCCUCGCUUAUGAGAAAGCCUUUCUGGGUGUGUCAGUGAAACUUCUUGAGUGUGUGGCCCGUGUAGCUCCUGAAGUGGUAAAACAGGUGGCUAUCCCUGUGAUAAAUAUGAUCAAUGGAAACAGAGCCAUCCGUGAGUUCAUCCAGGGCCAGGGAGGGUGGGUAAGUGUGUUGGGUUCCUGGCUUUGCUAGACAUUUGCACUCUUGGUAUUAAUACCUGAGACUCUAUUUAUGACCCCUUUUGGGAGUAGGAAACCAACCAGGAAAACAGGCAUCCUUAAUUUGCAGGAUUUUGUUGCCAUGGAAGAGAUGAAUAGACAGAAGCUCACCCUGUGGGGGUUGAAUUCCAAAGGCAUGCUGCCUAAAAUGUUGACUACUUAUUAAAGCUAAUCCCCACUUUCUACACAUAAACGUCUAUAAAGUAUAUUGUUGAUGGAGUUCUAGCCUCAGCCUGGCUAAACUCUGCUCAUUGGUAAAUUUCUGGGUUUUCUUUCCUUAAAAUCCUUAGGUGUGUGUUGAAGAAGUUCAGAAUCAUCUUAAUAUUACCUAACAAAAAGCAGUUUGUCUCAACUGGUAGUGGUAACAGGAGGAAGCAUAACUUCUGCUGUCUUAGAGUAUUUCUCUCCAUAUCUUGGAUGGGCAGGAACUUUAGUAAGAGCUGUAUUCUCUGGCGGUAUCUGCAGAUUAUUCCCGAUUUCUAAAAACCAUCCAUUUGAUUGUAGGAUUUUCAUUGUUUCCAUAGGAAAAUCUGGAGAGUUGAAGAAGUUGACUUAUUCUUUUUUUUUUUUUUUUUUUUUUUUUUUUUGGUACCGGGGA